AUCGUUCUCUCACCGUGCCAUGUUUCGCCUCACCCGUCCUCUUCUCAAUCAAAUCCGCAAAACCACUGGCAUUACCGGCCUUAAUGUGCAUCAUGAUCCCCUCCCCGAAUUGUUGAAAACCUACCAAUCCACACUCUCCAUGCUCUCCUCUAUCCCGGAGACCUCCGUCUAUCGCCAAGGCGUUGAAGCCUUGACUCAACGCAAGCUGAAGAUUGCGGAGAACGCGAACGGAAAGAUUUCGGAGGCGGAGAAGCAGUUGGACGAGGGACAUAUUGAGCAGUCCCUCGAUAUUGCCACGGAUGAGAUGAACCUGGUUUCCAAGAUGAUCGAGUGGAAAGCCUGGGAACCAUUGGUCGAGCAGCCUGAGCCGGGACAAUGGCAAUAUUUCGGAAAGGUCGCGACCGCAUCGUGAGCCUGAGUUGUCUUAAUACAAUGCAUUUCUUGCGGUGGCCCAAUGUGUCGCGAAUGUUGUCCUACGCAGAUCACAGUUUGGGAGUUGCAAUUAAUGAUACAGUUCGUAGCUGUAUCCCUACUCCACAGGUAUAUCCAAAUUCUGCUUGUAGGCGUCAGCGCCUCUGGCUCUUCCCACUGGAAUCACAACAUACAUGCUCCUUCUGGUUUGGUAAUCCUCUAUUUGAGUGUCAACUCGAGAUGUUGCAGACCUUAGGACAGCCGACACAAUGAGAAUUCCAAACACUGGUUCAUCUGUUGCGAUUGAGCACGAUCUAUGUACUCUGUUCCCUGACUCUUUGCAAUGGCAUAUUCAACCAACUUCACUGAUGUCCAUAAUAUAGUUG